UUAAUUAGGGAAAACGCGUGAAUGUGUAUCCUAUAAAAGUAAUGCCCCAACGAAUAAAAGUAAUGCCCCAACGAACUUGAAACGGACGAAAUCUCUCUGUUAUUAAUCUCUCUCUUUCUCCCAAAUUCUCAACAAUGGCGAAGAGCGGGCGCGAUUCGAAGGAGGCCGUCGUUCCCGGAGGCCGUGUGGACGACGUGGAGAAGGUUUUCCGGAAGUUCGACAAAAAUGGCGACGGCAAAAUAUCGCUUUCCGAGCUCAGCACGAUUCUCAAUGCCGUCGGCCCUGUGACUCCGCCGGAGGAGGUGAAUCACAUAAUGCUGGAGCUGGACACAAACGGAGACGGUUUCAUCGAUAAGAAGGAAUUCGCCGCCAUAUAUUGCCCCUCCAGCGGCGGCGACUCCAACGCCGAUGAAAAGGAGCUUCUGGAAGCCUUCAACCUAUACGACAUCGAUAAGAACGGGAAGAUCACUGUCAGCGAGUUGAAAUUGGUGAUGGAGAGCCUCGGAGAGAAGUGUUCGAGCAAGGACUGCAAACGCAUGAUCAGGAAAGUCGAUGUCGACGGAGACGGGUGCGUUAACUUCGAAGAAUUCAAAAAAAUGAUGAGUAAGAGUUGAUUAACCGGAUCGACGUCUAGGUUCGUUUAUUAGGUGUAAUCCUUUGUUUGAUCGGAUUAGAUGCGUGAUAUCGUAUUAUAUUGCUUGUGAUUUAGUCCGAAUUGUUAAUUUGUCAAGCAAUAAAAUGUUGAUAUGACUUAAUUUGAUUUUUGCUCUUAUUACACAGUACUUCGGAUAUUGUGAGAAUGUGAGCCACUUUCACAAGAGUUAAAACAGUUUCAUUGGACGUAUUUUUGAAAGGAAAACAGUUUAGAGCCCGUUUGGAGAACUCUGUUUUCGGCUUAUCAGGCUUAUCAGCCAGCUUUUUCACCAAACACGUAACUUUUACUUUCGCGCGCUGAAUUGUGUAAUAAGCCGAAAAAGUAAGGUUGGAGUUACUUUUCUGGCUGUAUUGGCUGAAGUUACUGUAGAGGACCAUUUUAGCUAUUUUUACAUAUAAUUUUUUCUUUAAUUUAUUAAUAAAAUAUAUUUUUAAAAUAUUUUUUUCUUAAAUCAGCAGAAUCAGCCAAAACAGCCACUCCAGCCAGAAUAUCAUAAAUUUCAGCAGAAUCAGCCAAAACAGCCGAUUUUGGUGCUACCAAACGGGCUCUUAAUCGUUAGAGUACUAAUCAGUUUCAUAUGAAGUUGUAAAUCAGAUUAAAGAAAUUUUGAACACAAGUAGUAAAACUACCAUAUAACUCAUAUGUCAAAAUAUGAUAGUACAAUUUGUAUUGAAGUUUAACAUUGUUUUAACUCAUAUUUCCGGAGAUCUCCUACGGUAACUUGAUCUAUAAUGUUAAAUUGUUGAGCAUAAUAUUUAUAUACAGAUGCAGUGUGUUGGACAUUUGGACUUUGCACCAGAUUUUUAAUCUAAAUUGAAGUUUACAUAAUAUUUUGAAAAUCAUAAAUAAUUGUUAUAAAGUUUACAUAAGUACUGAAAGAUCUGUCAAAUUUUAACUUAAUAUAAAGAUAAGAUAACAAACUCCAAUUUCCUUGUUUUACUUUUUUUUUUUUAUCAUUCCUAUUAAAGUGAUUUGAUUUGAUACACGUGUUAAAAAUUAACUACUUAAAAUGUGGCUUACAUUCCAGACUCUAGAGUACCGUUCAAUUUGUAAGUCUCAUAUCACAUUUCAGAGUGCCGACCGACAUAAAUGAUUUUAUUACUCCGUAUUAAAUAAACAGGGAGUAUCUUCGGAAUAGUAAAGGGUAGCCUCUAACAUGUGAUUGUACUCGAAGGCACAAAUGAAAAGCACCCCCCUACUCUAGCGAUUAAAGAAGCAACUAAUUGUAUUAAGUUAACUUGAUGAGGAAUUGAGGAUUGAGGAAUAAUAGAAAUCUUAAACAAUGAAUUAUCAUGAUCUAGCUGCUGACGACUGCUGUGCCCCUUCUAGAAUCAAUUGUCUUGUGACAUCUGGUUCCAUGCACUUCAAUACAAAAUAGUCAGGGAUGCUAAUUAUUACUACUCCGUGUUACUCAAAAGAGACAGUCAUUACAAAUCAAUCAAUCAAUCAAAUAUUCUUUCACCC